UAAAAAAGAAAGCCUUGCCGAAAAGUUCUUUGCCUACUACUACUUUUACUUUCCCCUGUUCACUUGUGGAGAUCUGCGAAUAACCACAUGGAGAAAAUUUUUUUUUGACGCACUAGAGUUCGGUGAUGUUUUCCUGUGAUUUCUGAUGAUAUUGUGCUUUUUAAUCUCGUGUGUAUAUUAAUUGGUGGUAAAGAUGCCAAGGCCUAAAACAGAAAGGACCAUUGUCAAAGGAGUUAAAAGUUCCAAUAACAGUCGUUGGACACAUAGGGAAUUGUUAGAUUUGGCUAAAGCUUUACAAUGCUAUGGCUUUAGAGAUAUUAAGAAAGUUGCUGAAGCUGUGAAAACAAGAUCUGAAAAUGAAGUAAGGCAUUACAUAAAAAUUAAUAUUACUCAACAAAGAACCAAGAUGUUGAAAGAAAAUAGUCCAGUUUCUAGAGGCAACAGCAGUCUUAAAAAUUGGACUAAUGUUCAGAAGUGGGGGAAAAUGGCUUACUAUCAGAUGCUUCCAUGUGUCAGAAGCCAAAACUAUAGUAAAAUUGUUAUGUUUGAUUUGCUUAACAGAUUUUAUGAAGAUGAAGAAGAAUCUAAAGAUGCUCAAAUAAUUAAUGUAAAAGCUAUGUAUAAGUACCUUAUGGACUGUAUGGCAGGGGAAGUUCCAGCUGUCUUGCCACCUAAAGAGAGCAAGCUUCUUUUGAUCUUAAUGAAGCAACUGAAGGAUGUACCGAAUAAAUUUGAUUUUCAAGAAGAGAUGGAUUUUAUGAGGAAAUAUAGGCAAGCUACAUCAUUCACCCCUUUUAAGGUGAAAGAUGAAUUUAAGAAGCAAGCUGGAUGUUCAUAUGAAGAUCAAGCUAAACUUGACCCAAAUUCCAUUCCAAUUCCUGAAGAUUUAUAUGCCGUUAUCAGCAGGCAUAAAAAGGUUGUGCAAAGCUUCAAUCCAUUGAUGGUUCCUCUCUGGAUGCUGAGCAAAGAACAAGGUUAUUUUAAGAAAAUUUUUAACAUAAGCAAAAGCAACAGAGAUCUAAGUGCAAACAUAUAUUAAUAAGUGUUCUUUAAUAUUGUAACUCCAGUACUUGUACAAAUAUACAUUAGUAAUAUAAAAGUCAUAUUUUCAGAAAUUUUCAA